AAAUUUCCUUGGUCCCGACCAUCGCUUGUACGGGAUUGGUCUAAACUGUGGAGUGUGGACCUAUCAGAGAUGGCCCUGGAAGCCCCUCCCCUCUGUGAGAGUGUCAGGCUCUUGCAGUGAGCGGCUCUGGGAGAGCAGGAUGCAGAGCUCGGCGAGGCGGAGACAGCAUGUGCCCACUCCGGGACUCCCGGCCAGACUUGGUUCUACCCAGCAAGAGGAUGGCACCAGAAAUUCUCGCUUUCAUCUGGACCUAUGGUUCUAUUUUACCCUUCAGAACUGGCUCCUUGACUUUGGCCGUCCGAUUGUCAUGCUUCUCCUCCCACUGGACUGGUUCCCACUGAAUAAACCCAGCGCUGGAGACUAUUUCCAUAUGGCUUAUAAUAUCAUAACUCCACUGCUUCUCUUGAAGCUGAUAGACCGCUCUCCCAAAACACUUCCUAACUCCGUCAUCUAUGUCAGUAUCAUAACGUUUGUGAUGGGAGCAAGUAUUCAUCUAGUAGGGGACUCUGUCAACCACAGACUGAUCUUCAGCGGAUACCAGCUUCACUUGUCUGUGCGUGAUAAUCCAAUCAUGCAGAACCUGCAGCCAUCUUCCUUGGUUGAUUCGUUUGAGUUGCUAUAUUACUAUGAUGAGUAUGUCGGACAUUCCAUGUGGUAUAUUCCAUUUUUUCUUAUCCUAUUCAUCUACUUUACUGGCUGUUUCACAAAUUCAAGGAAGGAGAGCAGUAUGCCACUAUCAGCCUGGACCUUACUCUUACCAAGCAGUCUCUACUAUUGGUAUCUGGUUACAGAGGGGCAGAUCUUCAUCAUAUUUAUUUUCACAUUUUUUGCCAUGCUGGCAAUUAUCCUUAACAAGAAGCGCAAGGGUUUAUACCUGGACAGUAAUGGCCUCUUCCUGCUCUUUUCCUUCUCGACCACUCUGCUUCUGAUUGCUGCGUGGAUCAUAUGGCUCUGGAAUGACAAAGUUCUGCGCAAAAAAUACCCUGGUGUGAUCUAUAUCCCAGAGCCAUGGGCAUAUUAUACUCUUCACAUCAAUAGCUUCCACUGAAAAGAAUUCCAGUUUGCCCAGCACUUUGUAACUAUCGUGAAGAGCUAGCCAUUGACUUUACUUAUCGUUUCUCUGUCCCUGUUUUAACCAGCAGAGAAGCAGGACCUGCCCAUCAGAAUCAUUCUCUUCCUUAAUCCUUCACUGAACUGGUUACUUGCUUUUUGCAUUUUUUUUUUAUGUAAGAUCUCUAUUUUACUAUAUUUUAUUUGGUCAAAGCUGUAAUGUGUCAUUCGCAAUACAUAUGCUACUUUCUAGUAGCUCGCCGUAAGAGUGAAUUUUGUUCAAAAAAAUAAAACCAGCUUUAGAAAAACCAAAACCUUGUCAAUGGAUUGGUUAAGGGACAGUACUGUGUAUAUCUGUGGCUGCAUAGACCAGGUGAAGGGUAGCACAUUACAAAAGAACGGUACAAGUUGCAGCACAAACACACCUCUCUACAGUCUACUGCUGUCAAUAUUUAGUUUGCUUUAAUUUAUUACAGAUUGUCAUUGCAGGAUCGCACCUUCUCCUGUUUCAUUGCCCUAGAAUCGAUGAGCCCUUUCCGUAUUCUUGGCAGUAUAGCUUAUAGAAGGUCAGAGUAGUGGGAGUAAACCUAUAAGACACCAUGUGAAAGUUUAAUUCUUCUAUUUAAAUGGUAAAAAGAACAAGGUUGCGGGGAAGAUUCUACAAUGUAUUUCAAAUGUGCCGUUGAAGACGCGUGGGGUUUGUAAAAAGUACAUGUCUAAGUUAGAUCAUAAAAAUAAUCUGCAACAUCCACAUGCAUUUGGGGCUGGAACAAGAAAACUGCUGCUUUUGCAAGCUAUUUUUAGAUACACCCCCAAUUUGAAUAAUUAAAUGUAUGCAUGUUUUAAUUUGGGGCAUAUCUACUAAAUAACUAUUUUUCAUUUUAAUUGAGUGAAGUUUCUUUAAGAAAAAAUAGCUCAUAAAAAAAAAAAAAACCCUACUAUUGUAUGGCCAAGUUAAGAGUAACCGGUUAUAAUGUUAUUAGCGCCAUUUAAAUAACUCCUUAUGGUAUGAAUUGUGGCUCCAUAUUGCAGUCAAACAUAAUCUAUAUUAUAUUGAAUGUAUAAAAUACCCAUUGAUUGGACAGUGUUGAGAGGGUUAAUAAUGGUGUUGCUGCCCAUUCACUCCAUUAUUUACCGUAACCUCACUGCCCAUGGUGUGAAGAAAUUGGUUUG